UUGUGAAACCACAUUGUCAGCGUCCACACGUCACGUGACUCACGUCAGAUGUCCUUGAGCUGCACAAACAGGUUGCAGGGUACAUCGUGUACCCACACUCGGGCAUCAGUUGGCAAGUCUCACACAUAAGAAUGGUAAAUGUGAAAAGAGAACAAGUUCGCUAGUACACUACAGUCCCAGGUUGAAGACGGACCGAAAUUUGAAUCUGCGACGGAAGAAAACCCGCGAUUUGUGUUUGUAGUCUUUGUAUGUGGUUUACGUUGCCCUUUUGCCGUGCUAGUGAUUCUUUCGGUAGCCCUGUGUUACCUGGAGCACAUAUGGGGUACUGUGCCCUACUGUGACAAGGCAGGAGGUGGUCGUCAGCCUGAGGGAGCACAGAAUUAGAGCUAUGACUACUACAGAUAUGACAGCCAAACAGCAGCUGCUGGAGGCAGUGGAAGGACACCAGGCAGCUUCUUUCCUCAGCCUCAUUCAGGGCCAUGAGAAGAAACGCAAGACUGUUGACCUGGAGGAAGUGGUGUUAGAGUUAAGCCGUGGUGAAGUGAAGCAUGUGUGGGGCUGCCUUCAAGCUUGGACUGAUGACCAAGUAACAGCCUUCGUGGCAGAACAUGACACUCACAAUGAAGAAACGACAGCCUCUGAUACAAACAACAAAGACCAGGAAUCUACAAAUAGAUACAAUGAGAAGCUACUUGAAGGAAUAGUGAAGUUUACCUACAUUUACAUCAGUGCCUUCAAGGAUGCCACUACCUUCAUCCCUGGAAAGAUGAUGGAGAUGACAUUGUUGCUGCACGAGAUGCUGACAGUAUUUAAAAGUUCAGUCAAGCUGGCCAUCGUGUCCUUGUGUGAGCAGUGGUGGCUGCAGAAACUAGAGGCACAUGACCUGGUGAUUACCAAUGUCCUCCCUCAUAUGUUGGAGGCUGCAACCAGGAAAGGUGCCCAGAGGAAGGAUGUGGUGCGACUAUGGAAGCUACACAGUGCCCUUGCCACCAUUGACCUGGACAACCCUAACAAGAAGGAGUUUGUGGAGCUGUUAACCUGCUGCAUCUCUUGCCCAAUAUUCCUGAACUGUGAUGAAGGCAUUAAAUGGCUGCUGGGGCUGUUCUCGUGGCCCUCGCUGAUACCACAACUGCACAAGGAAGUGAGGCAGGCCAUCUCAGAAUGUACCCGAGCUCACAGUGCCAAAUACGGAGAGAUAUACUUUAAAGCAUGGAAAGCCAGCCAGGGAGACACAAAGAAGACAAUAGAGGAGGAGUGUAUACAGGAUCUCAUGUACACUGCCAUCCAUGCCAAUCCCAUGUCCUCCCGCCCCUCUGCCAACCUCCACCACUUGCUCCACCACAUCCACAGCUACAAGAACCAUCGUGCUGCCAGCAGUCUCAUCACUGACCUUUACCAGCCCAUUCUCUGGAGGUCCUUCACUGUAGCCAAUGGGUAUGUGCGCAUGAAUGCCACUGGACUGUUGUGUGAUGCCUUUCCCUUGAACAACUACAAUCUGAGCCAGGAGGAGCAGAGCGACCUUUUAGAGAAGCAGUACCACACUCUCAAGACUCUGCUGCUGGACCCGUGCCAUCUGGUCCGCAUCACUGCUGUAAAGGGUGUGUUCAACAUCUUGUGUAAAUAUUGGAUCAUGGUACCCAAUGAGGUGAUCAAGGCAAUCUUCAAGACACUCCUCACUGUACUGGUCUACGAUGUUACCACAGCAGAAGUGCGGCUGCAGGUCAUUAAGGGCCUGACGUUGCUGCUGGGCUCAGCAGAUGCUGUUCCCUUCUUGAUCCAGGUGUUGCCUCGCCUCGGGGAUGUAUUUGACGAUGCUAAUCAUAGGGUGCGGGAAGCCUUUGCAAAGCUGCUCUUGAAGGUGAAGGAAUCUCAGGCACUCAAGUACUGGGACAUUGUGCCUGUACCUCACCUGCUGCAUCGCCUGGAGCUGGACAACCCUAAAGUGGCUCAGCAUGUCUCCCGCCUCCUGCUGUCAUCCUUCCAUCCCGCCAGCAAGAGUGAUGAGGAACUUCUGCAGCGUUCACUGUCACUGCUGGAGGAGAACCGCAUGGCUGCUAGAAAGUUUUACCAGUAUGCUGGCUCCAUGAUCAGCCUGCCCAAUGUAGUUCACUUCAUGUUGUUGCUGUGGUUGUGUCUCUCCAAUCACAUAACAUUGCAUCGGCAGCAGCAACAACAACAACAACAACAACAACAACAACAACAACAACAGCAGCAGUCUGAUGAUGAAGAAAAUGAAUCCAGUGAAGAUAGUGGCAAGAAUGACUCUGGGAAGCGGCGCAGACAACAAUCCGUCAGAGGUGGCCGGAGGUGUGAACGGGAAUCCGUAGUGUCCACCAGUAAUAAAGAAAAUGCUGCCAGAGCUGAUGGGACAGUGAGCAGCAAGACCUCCAUCCUUAGCAAGGACUUUGAGACUUCCAAAGUCCUUGCUGGAGCUGAUGAAGAAAAAGAAGGGGAAGAAGAGGAGAGUGAGGAGGAUGAGGUGUCCCCUUUAGACAACCUAGAUGUACUGUGUGGUAUAUUGGAUACAGUGGGCAUCUUGUGGGCCACCAAUGCUCACAGGUUGGCUAAGCCUGAGAAUAACAAGUACUUGGAAGCUCUCAGGAAUAAGCUAUCCAGGAACUAUCAACAUUUCUUCAAGUACUUCAAGGGUAAUGCUGAUGCUUCACAGACACUGCUCUAUAUUGCAAGCUUUUUACCCAAGUCCUUGGUGCCUACUCUGGUAGGACAUUGCAUGUCCCAGCUCAAGAUGGUUCAAGUUGAACAAGUUGUGUCUGGAGGGGACACUUCAUACAAGAGUUUUGUUAAUGCUCUGUGUAACUGGAAACAUGGAGAUAGUCUGCUGGAACUACUCUCUGAGUGGCUGGAGGAAGGCUUCAAGAGUGGCUUAACUAUAAGUAGUAAGGAACGGAGGCACAGUAGACGGCAAGUGAGGUUCUGUGAGACCAGCACCCCCAAACCCCAGGUGGCAUUACACAUUCUUUGUCACAUCCUGGAACAUCCGAUUAACAGAGUCUCCAUGCUGCAGAGACACAGGGCACACCUACUGGAUAUUGUGCAGGACCUCAAUAAAAUCAAGGACCUGAUUACUGAACGGUUACUUCAUAACGAGGAACUGUCAGACUUAUGCUGUGAUACAUUGUGUGAGUGUUGGUCCCUCUACCUGCGGCUGGUAGUGGUGUGUCAUCACAGUCCCCCCAAGGAGCCACCAGGGAAGCAGAGUAAUGUACAGGAGACAGAAAGCCUCCUCUUUGACAGUCCAGCUUGUGUCCUAGAGUGUUUGGAGUGGGCCACAAGUACAUUAGUGCCUUACCUGGGAGAGAAGAAUGGAGGCAAAAGGAAGCUUCAGGACACAGAGGAAGCCUUCACCAUCAUCACCACUUUGCUGAAGAGUCUUGUCACAUCCAGCACAAACCUGCUCAUAAUUGGAGCAGCAAAUAUUCCAUUUGUAUAUAUGCUGAAUGAUUUUCUUAAGAUCCUCAUAGAAACAGAUAGCAAUGGACUCUUCUGGGAAGAAGGUCUAUGUCUGGCGCAGGAGAGCUAUGAGUUUCUGUGGGUGUAUGAGUCAAGGGAAGAAGAAAGGGAUGAGACUCUCAUCACUGGCUGCCAGCUUGCAAACAUUUGCAUAUCAUCUAUGUCAGAUUACUUCAAGCAUCAUGACCAGUUGCCUCAGCAAUCUGAAUUGAACAACACACUAGUGCAUCUCUUGAUGAGCAUUGGGCAGCGUUCUCGACAGGACCAGAGAUAUGUGCUGGAACAUCUGAUGUCUUGUGUGGUGGAGCAUCUUUGCUGGAGGAUAGAAAAGAACAAUGGAGUGGAUAAGGAAGCAAAAUGUGUGCAACAUUUGGGAGGUUUUGUUGCUCUGCUGGUGGGGACCUUCCAGAAGCAGAGCAAACUUUCCAUAGUAGUAAUGGAUGCAUUCAGUCACUUUCUCUCCACUAAUAUUCAUGACAUGACCUCUCUACUUGCUGCCUGUCACCUGCUUGAAGUUUUGCUGCAAGACAGUGGCAAGAUUUCCCGUUACAGCUUGAAGCAGACAGUAGUAGCAGCAAAUAGUGUUAUAUCAGCAGUUGCUUUGCCUGAGAAGGAAAGUGAAGAAGCAGACCAAGAGUCACCACUCAAUCUUUAUAAAGAUACUGCAAAGACUACCAAGAAGAUAUUGGACAAAUUGAAAGAAUCCUUGAAUAUUGUAUAACAUUCUCCCAUAAUGUAAAAGGGGAAUAAAUAUACAGGGGAGAUUAAUUUAUGACCUAUUACCUUACUGUUGUAUUAUUCAAGGUAUAGUAAACAGUUUAUAAUAUUAUGAUGAUUCCUUUAUGUAAAAGUCAAAUAUAGUGAUACAUAGCUCAGGAUACAUCAGAGAACUGUUCACAGAAACCUGCAAGACUCUUGAUGGGUUAAAAGGAAACUCGAAUGUUCAAGUCAUCUUAAAGGAAAUAUUAAUAAAAACUGAUUAAAAGUUAUCAAGGUUUUAGGUCUUUGAAGAUUAGGUUAUUGGAUCAGAAGUAUAAAGUAAUGAAAUACUGUAGCACAAAUUGUUGUAAUGUUUUAAAGUAUUUAAUAAACCUUGCAUUUUUAUGGAAUGGGAAUGGUACAUAUGCACAACUAGUUUUCAUCUUUUGUAGUCGGAUGUCCAUAUCUUAGAACUUCCAAAUGUUCUUGUCCAUACACUCCAUGAUUGCUUAAUUCAUCCCCUCAAACUUACACUCAUUUUCCCUUUCACCCAUUCCAACAAACACAGGACUUCCAUUACAUAUUCUCUCUCUCUCUCUCUCUCUCUCUCUCUCUCUCUCUCUCUCUCUCUCUCUCUCUCUCUCUCUCUCUCUCUCUCUCUCUCUCUCUCUCUCUCUCUCUCUCUCUCUCUCUCUCUCUCUCUCUCUCUCUCUCUCUCUCUCUCUCUCUCUCUCUCUCUCUCUCUCUCUCUCUCUCUCUCUCUCUCUCUCUCUCUCUUUGACCAAGCUAUUUAAUGACAAUGUGCUUGACUGCCUUCUCAUUUAAUGGACUUAUCAAUAUGUAUUCAUUUAAGUUGUUUUUAUUUGUUAUUUUAUUCACAUGACAAGAUCUUCUAAAUAUCUAACUUUCACUUUACUGGCUACUCCUUGAUUCUUGCCUUCAUUCUUUGCUGUUAUACUGUCACUCUCACUUUACUCUCUCACCACAGACUCAAGAGAUGUACCACUUUCCUUUACUUGUUUGUUUCUCCUUGAACACUUAGUAGAUUCCCUUUUUAUCUUUAUUCAAUCUUCUGGCCAAGGGCAAGAAAAGAUUAUUAAAGAAAGGCCCAGUGAGAUGCUUGUCCCUGAACAGAGUCAAAAGAAGUACCCAGUGUAUGGAAUAAAUAUUGAAAUGAACCUUGA